CUGCGAAGAAAAGAAGAGAAGAGAGAGUAUUUGUUCUUCGUGGGAUGGCGGCCGACGUCAGUUCUCUCGUCAGAGUGAUGGGCGGUGGUGACGCAAAUGAGUCACCAGCGUCGGCGAAAUCGACGGCGGCACCGAUCACUAGGGACUUGCUUGGAGGGUGCUGUACCCUUGAAUCCAAGGAAUUGGACCUCGACCUGCAAGUCCCUUGUGGCUGGGAAAAACGCCUUGACCUAAAGUCAGGAAAAGUUUAUCUCCAGAGAUGCAACUCUACAAACUCUUCCUCUUCAACUUCAGAGACCAAGCCACGGAGCAGCAAGAUCACGGCUAAGUUUCAGGACCUCAAUAUCCCUCCAACAUCGAAGCAAACGCUGAACCUCUUCGACGAGGCUAGCUUAGACUUGAAGCUCGUUUCUUCAUCGUCGGCUUCCCCUUCGUCGUCCAAUUAUCAGAGUGUGUGCACUCUUGACAAAGUGAAAUCAGCGCUGGAGAGGGCAGAGAAAGAGACCGUUAGGAAACGAUCGAUAUCGAUGUCUAAGUCAUCUUCACCCCGCUCGACUUCUUCGUCCUCGGUCAAGGACAGCGAACUCUAUCAGGAAGAGAAGUCGUCGGCCUCAUUUGCAGCCGGGUGCCCCGGGUGUUUGCUUUAUGUGCUGAUCUCAAGGAGCAAUCCGAAGUGCCCUCGAUGCUACAGCAACGUGCCGUUGCCUGUCGCAGCCAAGAAGCCUCGUAUCGACCUUAACAUAUCUAUUUGAAAGUUUUGGAAGAGCCCAUCAAAUGGUUCUAAUUUUUUGUAUAGAUAGAAAAAUAGGUCUAUAAGUUGAAAGAAUUGGUACAUAAAUGUUUUAAAGGUUUGAGCUCUCUUAUUUUAUUUGCAGUGGUACAUCUAAGUUGAGAAUCGUGAA